UAUUACUGAAGAGUGAGGGACAAGAGUAAACUAGAUAGAAGGGGAAUUGGUAUGGUGUUGGUGUUGGUGGUUUUUAAAAUCCAGAAGAAUUAACAUUCUCAGCAAAACCACAGAAAUAGGAAGAACUGAAGAAGGGAUAUCGGACCGGGAAAAAAAAACUGCUGAGAAAGUAUAGAUGUGACAAACAGAAGUAAUGAAGAAAAGCGAGAAGGACUUUGCUCAUGUACAUGUGUGCUUGUAUAUAAGAGUAAAUACAUAUCUGUACCAGGUAUGAGGGCUGUUCUUCCCAGGCUGCUCACCAUCCUUUUCCUCGCCUCGUUCUGCAGUGUGCUGUUCUGGGUCUUCCUCAGUAACAGUCCUCGUGAUCCACAUACUGCUGCAGUCUCUGAUAAAACAAAACUCUCAUGCAAACCUCACAAGGGCAACAACAAUGUUAGCAGAUUGCUACGUCUUUACUCUUCCAAAUGGAGAAAGCAUGAGAGCAAUUUUAAAAAGUUCAGGUUAUUGCUAAGCAACACUUCUAACGCCUUUUCCAAGGCUAUAGUCACACAAUCUAAUACGCCGGUGGGGUCAAAACUGGUGUUUGACGGUGACCCAAAAAAGUCCCUGGAGGUGAAACAACCUCUUUUUAACACAUUCGUCAAGAAGCAGCCCUUUAAAAGUGGAAAGUUGGAGUCGUGUACUGUGGUGGGAAAUGGAGGCAUUCUUGCCAACAGCAGCUGUGGAAAAGAAAUAGAUGCUGCUGAAUUUGUCAUCAGGUGCAAUCUUGCCCCACUGGGGAAAGUACAUGAAAAAGAUGUUGGAAACAAAACACAUCUUGUUACAGCCAAUCCCAGCAUCUUCCAGGAAAAGUACAAAGGACUAAUGGAGCGACGUCGUCCAUUUGUAGAGAGCCUGCACCCUUACGGAAAUUCUUUGCUCCUGCUGCCUGCUUUCUCUUUCGCCCCCAACACGCCCAUCUCUCUGCGUGUCUAUUACACCCUGGAGGACUUUCGUAAAGCCACUCCACAAGUCAUCUUUCUCAAUCCAGACUACGUGAAAAGACUCGCAGGCUUAUGGAAAAGCCGGGGACUCUGCGCGGCACGCCUCAGCACAGGGCUCAUCAUGGCCAGCCUGGCUGUAGAGCUGUGCGAUAACGUCCACCUGUACGGUUUCUGGCCGUUCGAAUUUCACCCGACUACUCGGCAGAAGCUCAGCAACCACUACUACGAUAACCGACCAUGCAAAAAGAAUGUGCAUUCGAUGUCUACUGAGUUUGAGCUUCUGCUCGAGCUUCAUACUCGUGGCGUGCUCCAUCUGCAUCUAGGGGAGUGCCCAGUGAACUCUGAUUAAACUGUACCUCAAACGGUUCCGACGUUAAAAUGCUUCACAUAUUCCAGUUAUGUUUAAUUUAAGAUAAAGAAUAAAAAUGCAGCUUAAUUUAUUAAAGAUAAAGACUUAUUCUAAACCUUAACAAUUUUUUUAAAGAAAGAAAUAAACUCUACAUAGACUACC